AUGAUGUCCGUCGCCGCCACGUCCACGUUCGGGAAAUCGCUCGUCGGUUCUCCCCUCGUGACGACGCGCAGCAAGCGCGUCGUGGUCUCGAGCGCGCGCAAGGCGCCGAAGACCGUCGCCUUCGCCGGCGGGUUCGAGCUCUCCGCGGUCGCGACGCGAUGGAUCCUCGCCGCGCCGACGAUGUACGCGCUCGUGUCCUUCAACGAGUACUGCACGCACCGCUGGUACCAGCACGCCGAGUUCAACAAGACGGACUGGAUGAAGAACCUGUACUGCAAGCUCACGGGCGCGGACGUCGCGCCGAAGUGCGACGGCGGCGGUCACAUCGAGCACCACGCGGAGACCCUGGACGACAUGUCCCUGAAGACGGACCCGAAGUGGCUCAAGUCCGAGCCCGCGGCGAUGCUCGAGAAUUCCAAGUACCGCGGCACCGCGUUCGAGUACGACGUCACGGGGAUGAUGGUCGUGCAGAUGAUCCCGACGUCCGUGCCUCUCCUCGCGCUCAUGGGCUUCAGCAUCCCGUCCAUCGUCGGUCUGAUCCUCGGCGCCGUCGUCGCGCACGCGCUCGUGUGGAACUCGCUUCACCCGGCGAUGCACGGGAUGGAGGAUAUUCCCCUGAGCGAAGGCCUCAACUUCCCGCUCGCCGUCGGCCAGGCGCUCAGGAAGACGCCGUACUACGACUGGCUGUACAAGAACCACAUGGGUCACCACGUCAUGUCCGGUCGCAUGAACUACAACGUGUGCUGCCCCGGGUUCGAUCACGUCUUGGGGACGUACAGCCCGGAGACGGAGUGGAGGCCGAAGGCGCGCAUGCCCGCGGGCGCGGAGGCGCGCGACCCGUACCCGGCGGGCGAGUACAAGGCUCGGUUGGAGGAGCGCGCGAGGCUCGGUCACUUCUUGUUUUUUGACCACGCAUCGAUCCACUUCUGCGCCUCCCGCGCGUUCGGCAAGACGUCGUCUCCCUUCUCCGCCUGCCACGCGUCGAUCCACUUCUGCGCGUCCGCGGCGUUCGCGUCCGCGUCGGAAGCGCCUCCCUCGGCGGGCGCCUUCGCCUUCGGCGCGCUUUCGGCGACCUUCUUCGCCGGCGUCGGCGCGGGAGGGGCCUUCGGCAUCAGACCUUUGUUCGGCGCGGGCGUCUUCCCGGGGGUGCCGAACAGGAACGACAGCGGGUUGCCGCCGCCGCCGCCUUCCUUCUUCGCGCCGCCGCUCUUCGCGCCGCCGGAUUUCCACGCAUCGAUCCACUUCUGCGCGUCCGCGGCGUUCGCGUCCGCGUCGGAAGCGGCGGCGGCGGGCGCGGCGGGCGCGGCCUUCGCCGCGGGCGCGGCCGCGGAGGUGGAGGACCCCCCGGAUUUCCACGCUUCGAUCCACUUUUGCGCGUCCGCCGCGUUCGCGUCCGCGUCGCUCGCGCCCGCCGCGGGCGCGGCCGCGGAGGCAGAGGACCCCGCGGACCACGAGUCGAUCCACUUCUGCGCGUCCGCCGCGUUCGCGUCCGCAUCGCUCGCGCCCGCCUUCGCGGCGGGCGCCGCCUUCGCGGCGGGCGCCGCCUUCGCGGCGGGUGCCGCCUUCGCGGCGGGCGCCGCCGCUUCUCUUUUCGCGCCGCCGAAGCCGAAGACGCCGCCCUUCUGCGCCUUGGCCGCCUUCGCGGCGGCUUUCUUCGCCUCCGCCUCCGCUCUCUUCGCCUCCAUCGCGGCGGCGCGCUCGUCGUUCGCCUUCUUCGCGGCGGCCUGCUGCGCCUCCGCGGCCGCCUUGCGGUCCGCGACCGCCUUCGCCGCGGCGUCCGCCUUCGCCUUCUCCGCGGCUUCCUUGUCCGCGAUCGCCUUCGCCGCGGCGGCGGCGGCGGCUUUCUUCGCCGCGUCUUGCUCCUUCUUGAUCUUCGCGAGCGAGGCAGCCUUGGCCUUGUCCGCCUUGGCUUUCUCAGCGGCCGCGGCGGCGGCCUGCUCCGCCUGGACGCGCGCGAUGAUGUCGCUCUCGCUCUCCACGGCGACGGGCGCUUCUUCGACCUCGACGACGUCCGAGACCGGCUCCGGCGCGGCUUCGACCGCCGCCGCCGCCGCCUUCUUCGCGGGCGCCGCCUUCUUCGCCUUGGGGCCGCCGAAGUUGAACUUGAAGCUGAACGGGUUCGACGGCGGCUUCGGCGCGGGGGUCUCCUUCGCCGGCGCGGGCGCUUCCUCCUUCGGCGCGGCGACAUCCUCGACGACGGACGGCGGGCGCUCCUUGAGCAUCGCCUGGUACACCUUCCUGUCCGCGGGCGCCAACGAGCUGUUCACCGACCUCUCCAAGUUCUUCGCCGCGUUGAUCGCCUUCGUCGCCGCGACCUUGGCCUUCGCGCUGCUCUCCCGCGCGAUCUUCCUGGACGAGUUCAGCGCGAUCGUGCACGCCUUCCUCUCCGGCGAGGACUCCGCGGCCGCGAGCCGCUCCUCGAGCGCGGCGACCUCGGCGGCGGCGUCCUCCGCCUCGGCGGCGGCUUGCUCGGCGUCUUCGUACGCCGCGCUCACCGCGUCCUCCGCGGCGUUCUCCGCGAGCUCGAUCCUCUCCUCCGCGGUCUCGGGGACGUAUUCCUCCUCCUCCUCCGGCUCCGGCUCUUUCUUGAUCUUUUGCGUGAACGCAAACAGCGGCUUGGCCUUCGUCGGCGUCGGCGUCGGCGGCGUCGGUUCGGGCUCGGGCUCCUUCUUGAUCUUUUGCGUGAACGAGAAGAGCGGCUUGGACUUCUUCAGCGGCUGGGGCUCGGGCUCGGGCUCGGGCUCCUUCUUGAUCUUCUGCGUGAACGAGAACAACGACUUCGCCUUCGGCGGCGGCGGCGGCGGCGGCGGCGGCGCGGCUUUCUUCUUCCCGAACGAGAACAGCGCGUUCUUCACCGGCUCCGGCUCGGGCUCCGGCUCGGGGGCUUUUUUCCCGAACGAAAACGCCGGCUUCUUCUUCGCAGGCGCGGGCGCGGGCGCCUUCCUCUUCACGUCGACGGGCGGCAUCCCCUUGGGCUGCGCGGGUUUGCUGGCGAAGAGGCCACCGAAGAACCCCGGCUCCGGCUCCGGCUCCGGUUCCGGCUCCGGCUCCGGCUUCUUCUUGCCGGCGCCGCCGAGGACGGCGACCGCGCCGACGGCGACGACCGCGAGGCCGGCGCCGGCGGGGAUGCCGUCGGCGGCGUCGGCGGAAGGCUUCGGCGCCGCCUUCUUCGCGACGACCGGCUUUGGCGUUUUCUUCUCGACGACCUUCUUCGCGGGCGCGGGCGCGGGCGCGGGCGCGGGCGCUGCCUCGACCGGCCUCACCGGCUUCGGCGCGUCGCCGCUGAAUUCAGCCUUCUCUUCGAGAGCGGCUUGCGAGUACGUCGCGACCGGAGGUCCGACGGGCUCCUCGGGGGCGGCGACUUCCUCGACGACAACCUCUUCCUUCGCAGCCUUGGCGGCGGCGGCGGCGGCUUCCUUCUCAGCCUUGGCGGCGGCGGCGGCGGCGGCGUCCUUCUCAGCCUUGGCGGCGGCGGCGGCGGCGGCCUUUUCAGCCUUUUCCGCAGCCUUUUGCUCGGCGGCGGCCUUCGCGGCUGCGGCUUUUUCCGCGGCCGCGGCAGCCUUGGCUUCCUUCUCUGCCUUCGCGGCGGCUUCUUUCUCCGCCUUGGCGGCGGCCUCCGCGUGGGCGGCGGCUUCCUUAGCGGCCUUGGCGGCGGCGGCGGCGGCUUCCUUCUCAGCCUUGGCGGCGGCGGCGGCGGCUUCCUUCUCAGCCUUGGCGACGGCCUUCUCCGCGUCCUUCUCCGCCUUCGCGACGGCAGCGGCCGCGUCUUUCUCAGCCUUCGCCGCGGCGGCAGCCUUCGCGGCGGCCUCCUUCUCCGCCGCAGCCACGGACGCGGCGGCUUCCCUCUCCGUGGCGGCCACGGACGCGGCGGCGUCUUUUUCAGCCUUCGCCGCCGCCCUCUCUGCGGCUUUUUGCUCUGACGCGGCUUUCGCGGCGGCGGCCUUCUCCGCGGCGGCCGCGGCGUUCGCCUCCGCGGCAGCCUUCGCGGCGGCUUCUUUCUCAGCCUUCUCCGCGGCGGCGGUCUUCGCGGCGGCGGCGGCGGCGGCGUCUCUCUCCGCCUUCGCGGCGGCUCUGGCUUGUUCCUUCUCCUUCGCGGCGGUCGCGGCCGCGGCAGCCUUGGCUUCCUUCUCCGCCUUCGCGGCGGCUUCUAUCUCCGCCUUCGCGGCGGCCUCCGCGGGGGCGGCGGCUUCCUUAGCGGCCUUGGCGGCGGCGGCGGCGGCGUCCUUCUCAGCCUUCGCCGCCGCCCUCUCCGCGGCUUUCUGCUCCGCUUGCGCUUUCGCGGCUGCGGCUUUUUCCGCGGCGGCGGCGGCGGCGGCUUCCUUCUCAACCUUCGCCGCGGCGUCCUUCUGCGCCUUCGCGGCGGCGUUCGCCUCCGCGGCAGCCUUCGCGGCCGCGGCUUUCUGUACCUUCUGCGCUUCCUUCUCCGCGUCGGUCGGUUUCGGCGCGGUCUUCUUCGGCGCGGGGACGGACUUCGCCUUCGUCUGCGGUGCCUCCAACGCCGCCUUCCUCGCCGCCUCGGUCCUCGGGCCCUUCACCUCCGGGGCGACCGCGACCGAGGCCGUACGCGUCCGCGAGCGCGGGAUCCGCGCCGCCGAGGACGACGGUCGCGGCGGCGACGCCCGCGACGGCCGCGGACGACGCGCGGAUGUGUUCGUCCUCAUCAUCGUUCGACGCCGCGCGCGCGCGGACGGCGCCGCGAGCCUUCGCGUUUCGGACGCGGCGCCCACGACGAGCGCCGGUCCGCGCCUGUGGAUGUACGAGAGAACGCGCGCGAGGGGUUGA